GCAUCCGCACCUCCGUCAUUCUUCGUUGGUUUCCCCCCCGGUAGUGGGCCAGUGGACUGAUCCACGCCAAGGCCAAGGCGCGCCCACUCGAGCAAGCGGUCCUGUGGCCUGGCGCCUUCUACAGAUCCAGCUACCAGGAGUUAAAGAUGCUGUUUUAUCAUAUGUAAGAAGUUGGACCAGAGAUGGAAAACUUUAUUCUGUAUGAGGAGAUUGGCAGAGGAAGCAAGACUGUUGUCUACAAAGGGCGACGAAAGGGAACAAUCAAUUUUGUGGCGAUUCUUUGUACUGAAAAGUGCAAAAGGCCUGAAAUAACCAACUGGGUCCGUCUCACCCAUGAAAUUAAACACAAGAAUAUUGUAACUUUUCACGAAUGGUAUGAAACCAGCAAUCAUCUCUGGAUGGUGGUGGAACUCUGCACAGGUGGUUCCUUAGAAACAGUUAUUGCUCAAGAUGAAAACCUCCCAGAAGAUGUUGUAAGAGACUUUGGAAUUGACCUGAUUACUGGAUUAUAUCAUCUUCAUAAACUUGGCAUUCUCUUUUGUGACAUUUCUCCUGGGAAGAUACUCUUGGAAGGGCCUGGCACUUUGAAGUUUAGCAAUUUUUGCUUGGCGAAAGUGGAAGGUGAAAAUUUGGAAGAGUUCUUUGCCUUGGUGGCAGCAGAAGAAGGAGGAGGUGACAGUGGGGAAAAUAUGCUGAAGAAAAGCAUGAAAAAUAGAGUCAAAGGAUCUCCUAUCUAUACAGCACCAGAGGUUAUGAGGGGUACUGACUUCUCUGUCACCAGUGAUCUCUGGUCUUUGGGCUGCCUGCUUUAUGAAAUGUUUUCAGGAAAACCUCCAUUCUUCUCAGAAAGUGUUUCAGAAUUAAUUGAAAAGAUUUUAUAUGAAGAUCCUUUACCACCUAUUCCAAAAGAUUCUUCACUUCCUAAAGCAUCUUCAGACUUUAUUAAUUUGCUUAAUGGGUUACUUCAAAAAGACCCUCAGAAAAGAUUAACUUGGACAGGACUACUGCAGCAUUCAUUUUGGAAGAAUGCUUUCACUAGAGAAGACCAGGAAUCCAACAUGGAGGGUUUCAGCUUCAGAAAUGUGAUGGAGUGUUCAGAACCACAAGAUUCCAAGGAGUUUUUACAGAGCCCUCAGAAUGGACAAGCGAAGGGGCAGAAGGGUAGCCAACGGCUAAGCCAAUCUUUCAGACUUGAAAAUCCAACUGAGUUGCGACCGAAGAAUACUGUUGGGGGUCAAUUGAAUGAAUCCAUAUUUCUUCUUAGUUCUCGUCCUACUCCAAGAACUAGCACUGCAGUGGGAUUGAGUCCUGGUGAGGAUAUGACUCACAACUCACCCCAGAAAACCUCUCCUUUGACCAAGGUGACAAAUGGACACCUGAGCCAGGAGGCCCUGGAAUCCCAGAUGAGAGCACUAAUCUACACAGACUCAGAUCUUAUUGUCACCCCAAUUAUCGACAACCCCAAGAUUUUGAAGCAACCGCCAGUUAAAUUUGAUCCAAAAAUAUUGCAUCUACCAGCACAUUCAGUUGACAAGUUGUUAUUUCUGAAAGACCAAGAUUGGAAUGACUUUUUGCAACAAGUGUGCUCACAGAUUGACUCCACUGAGAAGAGCACAGCGGCCUCCCGAGCUAAGCUGAAUCUCCUCUGCUAUUUAUGCGUGGUGGCUGGUCACAAGGAGGUAGCCACCAGGCUACUCCAUUCCCCCCUGUUCCAGUUGCUAAUCCAGCAUUUGCGAAUAGCUCCAAAUUGGGAUAUACGGGCCAAAGUUGCUCGGGUAAUUGGUUUGCUGGCUUCGCACACAACUGAGCUCCAGGAAAAUACACCCAUUAUUGAGGCAAUUGCUCUCUUAACUGAAUUAAUUAGGGAGAACUUCAGGAACAGCAAAUUAAAACAGUGCCUUUUACCGACCCUUGGGGAGCUGAUCUAUCUUGUAGCCACCCAGGAAGAAAAAAAAAAGAACCCCAGAGAAUGCUGGGCCGUUCCCUUGGCUGCUUACACGGUGCUAAUGAGGUGCCUUCGGGAAGGGUUAAAAGAUGUUUGGCCUCGUCAUUCAAGGCCUCAAGCUGGGAGCAUUUGUGUCACACAGAUGAAGAAGGAAGAACGUGUUGUGAAUCACAUGGCUGCAAAGAUUAUUGAGAAUGUCUGCACAACUUUUUCAGCUCAGGCGCAGGGCUUCAUUACAGGAGAAGUUGGACCUGUUUUAUGGUACCUAUUCAGACAUUCCACCGUUGAUUCUCUUAGGAUAACAGCAAUUUCGGCCUUGUGUAGAAUCACUCGCCAGUCUCCUACUGCCUUCCAGAAUGUUAUUGAGAAGGUGGGACUAAACUCCAUAAUAAAUUCCCUGGCCUCUGCCAUCUGCAAAGUUCAGCAGUACCUGUUGACCUUAUUCACUGCCAUGUUGUCCUGUGGGAUUCAUCUUCAAAGACUAAUCCAAGAAAAGGAUUUUGUCUCCACAAUUAUCCGUCUACUUGACAGCCCCUCAACUUCCAUUAGAGCCAAAGCCUUCCUGGUGCUUUUGUAUAUUGUGAUGCAUAAUCGUGAGAUGUUGCUGCUCAGCUGCCAAGCAAGGCUGGUGAUGUACAUCGAGAGGGACAGCAGAAAGACCACUCCAGGCAAGGAGCAGCAAGGCAGUGGGGAAUACCUCUCUAGAUGCCUGGAUCUUCUCAUCCGUCACAUCGUGCAGGAACUGCCAACAAUCCUCUGUGACAUUCUCAACGCCUUGGCUAAUGUCUCUGGUCGUAAACACCCAUCCACAGUUCAAGCAAAACAGCUGAAGAUGUGCCUCCCCCUGAUGCCUGUAGUACUUCACCUCGUCACUUCUCAGGUAUUUCGACCUCAAGUUGUAACAGAAGAGUUUCUUUUCAGUUAUGGAACUAUUCUUAGUCAUAUUAAAUCAAUCGACUCGGGAGAAACUAACAUAGAUGGAGCCAUAGGGCUGACAGCAUCAGAAGAAUUUAUCAAGGUCACAUUGUCGGCUUUUGAAGCAAUAAUUCAAUAUCCUGUUUUGUUGAAAGAUUAUCGCUCUACGGUUGUUGAUUAUAUCCUGCCACCCUUGGUCUCCUUGGUUCAAAGUCAAAAUGUGGAGUGGAGACUCUUCAGCUUGCGGUUGCUGUCAGAAACCACAUCUCUACUUGUGAACCAGGAGGAUGGGAAUGGCGAGGAGGAAGUAAACAUUGAUUCUGAAGGCAAUCUUCUGGCUCUUGUGAGAGACGUCUUACUUCCCCAGUAUGAGCACAUCCUCAUGGAGCCAGACCCAGUACCAGCGUAUGCUCUCAAACUGCUGGUCGCGAUGACUGAACACAACCCGACUUUUACCAGACUUGUGGAAGAAAGCAAACUGAUCCCACUCAUUUUUGAAGUAAUUCUGGAACAUCAGGAGAGCAUUCUGGGUAAUACCAUGCAAAGUGUGAUUGCCCUACUCAGCAAUCUGGUUGCCUGCAAAGAUUCCAAUAUGAAGCUACUUUAUGAACAAGGACUUGUCGGUCACGUCUGUAAUCUAUUCACUGAAACUGCCACACUGUGCUUGGAUGUGGACAAUAAAAACAACAAUGAGAUGGCAGCCACACUGCUAUUUUCCCUGCUUGAUAUUUUGCAUGGCAUACUGACGUAUACAUCCAGCAUUGUACGCCUGGCUUUGCAGGCCCAGAAGUCUGGUUUAGGAGGGGACACUCAGGCUGCCGAAGACCUGCUAGUGCUCUGCAAACCACUGACAGACCUCAUUAGCCUGCUUAUUCCACUGCUUCCUAGUGAGGAUCCUGAAAUUUUUGAGGUUUCAUCCAAGUGUCUGUCUAUACUAGUUCAGCUGUAUGGAGGGGAAAACCCAGACAGCCUGUCUCCUGAAAAUGUGGAAUGUUUUGCUGAUUUGCUGAUGGCCAGGGAAGAUCCAAAGGAGCAGAAGCUUCUGCUGAGGAUUCUCAGAAGGAUGAUCACCUCCAAUGAGAAGCACCUAGAAAGCCUCAAGAAUGCUGGCAGCCUUCUGCAGGCUCUGGAGCAACUGGCUCCAGGUGAUAGUUUAUCUGUUGACAGUGUGGUGGCUUCCUUGGCCCUGGAAAUCCUCCAAGCCGUGGGCAUGAAGCAGGAAGGCACCUAGCGCAGGCCCACUCUGCAACACCAAGCCUUGGCUGCGUGGGUAAGGUCCUCUCCCAGACAUUUGCUGCAUCACCAGCCACAGCUGGGCCUGGACCCAAUAAAAGUCAGCUGAACCCAGAACCUGGGACUGAAGUUCUCUCACUAACUCUGGGCCCUAGACAACUGGUUCAGAAUGGACUCGUUGGCUUUUGUAGGAUGCAGCUGGGAAGCCCAGGUUUGCUAGCCAUGAUCAAGAAUUCUCUCUGUGUGGCCUGAGUAGGCUUCCACUAAAGUAGGCCCUGCCUGUGCUGCUAAAGCAGGGUCAGAAACAGUUCUGGGUCUGCUUCUCUAUGGGAAAGAUCUUUUUUCCCAACUGCAACUCCAGAGCAAGCCUCUGGAAGGUAGUUUCAGCCCCUUGUCUUCCUCCCACUUUACCUGUCAUGACUUUUUUGUUCCAGGGAUAAACUGAUUUCAGUAGUCCUGGGGAGGACUGGGCAAGAUUUACUAACCAGUACAGAUAGGUUGAGUUUGCCUACAGGAAUGCAAAAGGCUCAGGAAUGCUGCCUUCCUAGACAGUAUGCCCAACUCGAUGGGAUGAUGGCAUCAAGAUAGUUUUCCCUAUUACCAUCUACCCACCUUAUCCUGGAAAGCUUUCUUUCUAGCUUCUGCCUCAUAUUCUACCUGGAUCAGCUUCAGGGGCUUUGUCUUGUCUGUUGGGUCCAGAGAACAGACAUGGGUCUCCCUAUUUUCCCAGCACACCUCCACCCCUUUAUUUGUUCCUAGGGGGAACUGCCCUAGGGUUCACGGUGUGGAGUCUUCCCAGAAGUGUUUCAGAACAAUGGAAGGCUCUUCUUUCCCCUUUUUAUUUAAGCAGGGAGUAAUCUUCAGUGUUGUACACAAAACAGGGAGGUUUUUUAUUUUCCUGCAAGUCAAGUGCAGUUAUUUGGUGUGCACUAUGAAAGGAUACAGGACUGCUGUCCUGGGGAAGGCUUACUCUUGAAUCUGGAAGGUCAGGUUGGGUCUUGGACAGCUUCAACAAGUUGAGGCCAUCCCUUGGCCUCUCUUGAGGCCUCAUUUUCCCAUCUAAAAAAUGAUGUUCAUCACCUUAUUCAAUCCCCAGUACAGCCUGCACAGCAGGCCACCUUAGCUUCAUUUCAUAGAUGAGAAAACACUCAGGGGGGUGCUGUUUUACUUGCCCACAAGGCCCCGCAGCUUGGUUGAAUUCAAGACUGUGACUCUGUAACCCUUGUGUCCAUCAGUAGGUAUUCAGAGCUUGCUAUGUGACUCAGUGUAUUCUAUGUCCCAACACAGGCAGUUUCCUUUGCCCUCUCAUAGUCCACAGUGAGAAGGCCUCAAGAUUUAAGUCUUGCUGUGUGAGAUGCCUAUGGUUCAGGCCUGAUUAGAUCUGCCAGAGUAUGGGAUCUUGCCAGAGUAGGGGGUAGUUAGUGGAGCAGCCAGAGGCCUGGAUCAGCUUCAGGGGCUCUGCCUGUUGGGUGCACAGAACAGAUACAGGUCUCCUUGUAACUAUAACACCUCCACCCCUCCUUUUAUAUUUGUUCCUGGGGGAACAGCCCUAAGGUUCAGGGUGUGGAGUCUUCUCAGAAGUAUUUUGGAGCAGUGGAAGACUCUUUCCCCCCUUCUAUUUAAGCAGGGAGUAAUCUUCGGUGUUGCACACAAAACAGGGAAGUUUUUGGUAUUUCAGAACCAUUUUGUCCAGUGGACCACUCCUGGCCAGAGCUCAACAUUUCUGGCUUUAUUCCCUGUCCUCCCCAAAUCCCACCAUUUCAAUUUACAGGAAAGAGCCUAUGGCACCUCCCCCUCCCCAGGUUAAGGACCAUUCUGGGUUUUGUAGUCAUCUAAGCACUUCAUAAUUUUUUAGUUUUACCAUCUAUGAAUUCUUUCCUUAAACAGCUUCCCCCUUUAAAAAAAUUAAGUUCUAUAGCAUGCAUUGGUAAAUUGCUUUUUGUUCAGUAUUGUAUGAAAGAGAUCUUGUAAUGUACCCACACCCAUAUUGUGUGAAACUGUGGCUCUUUUACUAUAUAGAAUGUGUUUUGUGUGAACAAAGACACCAGGACACAUGGGAUUGCAACAUGGGGUGUCACAUCAUGCUCCACAGACAUCCUGGAGUUUUGAGGUAAAACCCAAACCUGUAUUGGUACUACCUUUUAUUUAAAACCCUGAUAUUUUGUGGUAAUGGGUAUUUUUUUGGCCAUCUAAUAGUUAGUUCUGCAGCUUUAUGAAAGUUUUCCUCGCUAACCUAUGCUACUUCCAAAGUUUCUCUGAGUGCCUACAUCCUAUCACAUUUCUGGUGCUGUGCCAACAACAGUACUAACUACCUCUUUAUAAAGUUAGGCUUGACAGCUACUAGAACAAGCCUUCCUCUUUCUUCAUAAAUGUUUUGGUGAUUAACUGCCCUUAGUGCUUCUAAGUACAUUCCAGAAUACCCUGCUGAUCAGAGUGUUUUAAAUGGAACUUCAAAAGUAUAGCAGUAGGCAAAAGUUCUAAGAUGUUGUCUAGCUUAUAAUCCUUCAACCCAUUUUAUAGGUGUUCCACAUCUUAACAGUCUAAACACAGUCUACAUAUAUACUAUUAAUAUUGACGUGUAAACUCUAGAUUGUCCUUCAUCCUAUUUUACUGCACCUAUGUCAAUAUAUUUAACUAAGUCCCCUAACACAGUUCUUAGUGUUAACCAACCUAUCAGUACUGGCAUCAGGCACCCUCUUUCAUUAUGAAAGAAAGAUUUACAAAAAAGUCUUCCCUAGAGGAAGUUGAUCUCAAUGCAUGUUUGUCAGACACUAUGUUUUAAACAUAGUAAACCAACAGGUUUCCUUACGCAUGAAACAGUUUCACUUUAAAAGACUAAAAACACAAGUCUUUACAAGUCUGUCCUGAGCAAUGAACCCUGUCAGACCUACCACCAGGAUGACUGGCUCAUCUGGCAGAUGGUGUGGAAGAAGACCUGUUUGGGCUCUCUGAUUAUGUUCAGAUAGAUAGACAUCGACACUUAAACAUGCUUAAUUAUCAGUUCAAAGUAGAGCUGAAGAAAUUCCCUUCUCUGAGUCACACUUGGGUAAAGGUGCUUGAAGUUCAAAUUCGUAUACUUUUAAAAAGUACUUGUUACCUUAAAGAAAUGAAACCAUCUAAAAGAGGGUGAUUAUUUGGCUUUCAGCUUUCUCUACUUCUUUUAGCUUAGUGUAGCUCAAAGACAAGGUACCCAGAUACCUUUGAACUGGGGAGGCCUUUGAUUACCUGAGCAAGAUUAGACCCAUAACUACAACAAGAGGCUAGGGUGAAGGAGUACUAGCUCUAGAAUCACUCUUCUCUCAAAAAGUCCAGAAUCAAUCACAAUGUUUUAGGCUGAAAUACACUGGGGAUGGGGAGUAGGUGGGCAUUUUAAACCCAGGACCAAGUACUAAAGAAACUUGGCAAAUAAUCCUAUGCAGAGGUAAGGUCUUCUCUCUCAUUACAACAUAAAAUUAUUACUUUCACUAUGUGAAUUUUGCUCGGGAUGAUGGUAGUCUGGGUAAACUUAAGACUCCUGUAACACUUAAUGUCAAGGAAAAAAAGUGACACAAUCGAAUGAAUUAAAAGUUUAAUUCUGAA